GGAAGACUAUCUCAAGUUCCGAGAAGUAUCGCCGCCAUAUUGACAGACAGCAGCUAACCUUGUCGACAUGGCGGCCCAGACACCAGUUCCUGGGUGUCCCCGCCAUAAAGGGAUGGGGUUUAUUUAUGUGUGUAAAUCGUGUGAGGACGAGUUAAUUUGUAUGGACUGUGUUACAGAAAGUCACAACGGUCACAAGAUUGGUAAACUGACUGAUUACGUGGCGGACCAGAAACGGGAAAUACAGCAGUAUGUUGACAAGCUUUCCAAAUCCGACAUUCCUAAAAUCAAGGAGGAUAUUCGUAAAAGUGAAACAAAUGAUGGAGGAUAUCAGAAAGUUAUCAGUGACAUUAAACGUCAGGGGAAACAGAUGAAAGACAACAUCGAUAACGCCAUUGAAUUGUUAGUGAAUAUGUAUACCGAGCUAGAGAAACUGAAUAAAACUGUUUCUGAGAAAAAUAAAACUGCACUAACCAAACAUCUGAGGGAGGACCUGGAGCCAAAACUGGACAGAUGCCAGCAGGUACUGACAUCCGGUACAACCGUUGACGUCACUACAUUAGCGCGGGAAAUCAGGAAUACCUCAAUUGACCCUCCCUUUCCUCGACGUUUGCAGACAUUGGAGUUCAAACCCGGGACCAUCUCCACCGAACUUCUGAAACGCAUGCUUGGUAAGGUACUCGUCGACGGAGAAGAUCAGUCGUACAAACCGAUUCCGACACCUGUGGUUCUGUCCGAGUUUAAGACGUCGUUUUAUUACGAUGUAUGUCGUACAUGUCUUACUGGUGACGAGGCAUGGUUAUCGUACUUGAACGAUGAACGUGUGUACCGGGUUGAUUUAAAAGGCAGGGUGAAGGAGACUAUCGAGUGUAAGGUCAAAGUCAGUUCGAUCUCUGUAUCCCCGACCACGGGUAGGGUGUGGUUCUGUGUGUGGGAUGACCGAAGUAUCCGGGAAAUCACGAUGGGUGGUGACGUUGUUGCACGCUUUAACGUUAACAACACACCAGGUUCUCUGUGUAUCACUAGUGAUGACAUGGUGAUAGUGGGGAUGUUGGGAGGAAUACAACUGUACACUACAGACGGCCGGGCAGUGUCAGCUGGAGCGGGUGGUCCUUGUCGACAGGUGGCAGUCUGGCCACAUCACAUGGUGUCUAGUUCUCUGACCGGGGAUGUAGCUGUUGUUGAUACAGAUGGUGUAGUUUAUGAUGACUACAUCGCUGGUAAGAAUCCAGACAAACAGCCUCACGUCAUAGUGAUGGAUAAACACCUAAACCUGAAGUUUCGCUGUAAAGACAUUGGUACAACCACAUCAAACAGAAGUUCCAGUCAGUCAUCAAAGUUUUACCCGUACGAUGUUUGUUUUGAUGGAGCUGGUGAUAUCCUCGUAGCGGACUUUGUCACCAAGUCGGUACUGCUGAUUGACGGGAAUACUGGACGCUGUAUGAGGACUGUUUAUACAUCCGAUGGAAGUGAACCAUGGUGUAUCAGUCUACACGAGGACGGUACCCUCUGGGUCGGACACGAGGACGAUCGAACGAAAAUACUCAAAUAUAAAUAGACAUAACACGUGUAUCCCCGUGUUGAACAAUGCAUCAAUAUUCACCAACACAGAGUGUCCUUCAAAUACUGUGGAUAUUAUGAUAAAGUGACAUUCAUCAUAAGUUGGUAAUUAAUUAUCUUGUACAUAUGUAUAUGUCUGAUUUGAAUUAUAUCUUGUCCUAAAUUGACGAUUUCUUUCCACAGUUGAUUUCAAAAUUGUAUCAAUAAUAACUUACUGAAUGGUUUACCAGUUUAUAAUAUGUAUUUUUAACACUAUAUUUAAUUGUUAAUCUAUAGUCAUCGCAUUUAGAAAUGAACAAAGAAAGUAAUACAUUGUCAACUUCAAAAGCAGACCUGGAAAAAACCUUACUCGGUCGUUGUAGAUAGUUCUAGGAUUGACACAACCAAUUCUGCUAAUCAGCAGCUGCUGUUUUCUGGGAAUCUAGUCCCUAAGGAAAAUGGGUUACUGUGGGCUGUACAUGAGUAAUCAACAUUUGGAAUAAAUACUUCAAAUAUACGAGAGCAAUUUUCUUUAGAUAUGAAAUACAUAUACAUUUUUAGUCUAUACACUCCUGCUAAAAAAAGUAUAAUGUAUGACUACACGUGAAAAAGGUGGGAAUUCUCAAGGUGCGAGUUCCUCCGUCCCCUGUAAACAUCCGGGUCUUUUAAGUACCAAUGUACUCGUACCUGUACAUUCAUGUAUCACUUCAUCCGUUUUACGGAAUUAUGAUGAAAUUAUUUUCUCCUUGAUAUGCUACGCCAAUGGGUGGCGCUUUGUGUGCAUUUGCACGUGGUACGAGUGGUACAAAUACGGGCCUACACCUGCCUUAGUACUCGGGAGUGUCAUUCAGGCGACACAGGUAGCAUGGUACAUAAGUAUUUUUUGAUAAUUAUAGGGUAAAUUUGCUAUCGGUCGUUUGAGAGCAUAACUCUUUAUAUGAAGGUAUAUUUAAUUAGUUGGAAUCUAAUGGCUUUUGAUAUUUGACAAAAGUUUUCUGAUUUGAUUAAAUCAUGCGGUAACUAUGUCGCCGUUAAAUGCAAAAAAAAUGUG